UCUCGAUUGUUUUUGUUGGCUGUUCCUGCUACGAGCGCGGCACCGUUUUUAAGUAGGCUGUGUGUGGUGCGGUUUCACGUCGUGAUCCGGUACCGAUUUUCGUUCUCACGUCAAACUUUUUCAGGCAGUACUACCUCCGGUACAACUCGGUUUUUAGUGUGUUUAAUAUCUAGAAACUUUUCCUAAGUGUAGUACGGUGUAUUAAAAGUUGUUUACAUUGUCGUUUCCUGUUUGACUGACGCGGUAAUAACAAUUUUUAGUGCAUGGUCGUUAAACUGGAUUAUUUCAGGAAAAAAUGCAGUGAGCUUGGAUGAUUUUUAUUAAUUUUGGAUAGAGAUCAAAUCCCAAGGACAUGAAGGGCUGGUUCGAUGCGUUUCGAACCGAUGGAGGACCCACACUUUACAGUUUCAGCAAUCGAACGGCUGUGACCGGUGACGUGACCGUCAUCACGUUCUUGGCCAUAUUCGCCACGCUUUACGUGGCCUUCUUGAUCAUAUUUCCGGGUAUAAGAAAAGAAAGAUUCACCACAUUCUGGGCUGUGUCAUUAUCUCUAUUAGUAGGAGCUACAAUCUUAGUUUCAUUAUAUGGUUCCUGUUGGCAUAUAGCCGAAACCUCGAUAGUGAGCACGUACAAAGCAUUUUCCAAUGAGAAAAUUUCAGCACAUUUGGGUGCUUACGUUGGACUAAGACAUGUUAAUAUUACUUUACAAGCUAUGGCUUUUAAUAAUUCGACUGUCGACAUCGACUACAACGAACAGUUCAAUUGGGAGAACUCCCAACAGAUGACAGUUAUUUUCAGGGAAGCCCUAGUGAGGGGGCUGCCUUUUCCUAUACUGAGCGUUGCCGAAUACUUCACAUUGGGCCAGGAAGGCCUGGCUUGGGGAGGCCAGUACAGAGCAGCUGGAUAUUUUGCCAUUAUUAUGUUAUGGACGUCUUUCGCCAUAUGGUUACUAAUGAACCUGAUGCUGAUAGUGGUACCCAGGUACGGUGCCUUACUGAUGACGAUAUGUGGGUUCCUACUAUUGGCAACAGUGUGCGGGUACUUCGGCAUGUUGCCAGAGACUCCUCUAGUGAUUCAUAUAGAAGGAAAAACGUUGGAUUUUAGGUUCGGAUGGUGCUAUUGGCUGGUACUUAUAGCAGGUGGAAUUUGUCUCACAGCUGGAGUAAUAAUAACAACCAUCGAAAUCGUAAAUCCUCACAGUUUUUCGACGAUUCUAGAAGUAGAUUAUGACACUCCUUAUGACCGACACAUAAUAAUUGAAGACAGCAGAGGCAGGAAGUAUCAAAAGAAGAAAACAAGCAAUAGCAAGUUGGAGGAACCCGAUAAUAUUGGGCUUGGACACAAAAUUUUAAGACGAUUAUCAUCGAAACAGAAAGAAGAAAAACCAGAAUCAUCAAAAGCAAGUAGCAGUAUGAUAGAAAAGUACAAUUUCGAGCUCACAGCAGUACCUUGGAGGUACUCACACUCUCAAACGAGCAAAAACGACCAUCCUACCAAACAGGAUGAUGAUAAAGAUGAUGAUUCAAUAGUAACAUCGUACUCGUUGAAUGAUACGCCUCCAAAUAAAAAUUUAUAUAGGUACGACAGUCACAAAGAAAAAAGCCAAAUACCCAUGUGGUAAAUCACCAGAUGAACGAAUUAGUGCAAUUAAAAAAGGUUAUUUCAGGGAUGGGUGUUUUUACGCGUAAAAAAACGUAAAAAAUUAAUAAAAAUGAGAAGAAUGGAACACCUCAUGAGCAACAGUGAAAUAAAUUAAAAUACCUUCUUUACCGCGAUCAUUAAAAACCAAUUUUUACACGUAAAACAGUUUUUACGUUACAAUUUUUCAUACGCCCAUCCCUGUUUUUUUUUAAAUAAUUUAAGUGAUUUCCUAUGUGAUAUAUUUAGUACUUAAGCUUUGAGAAUCGAACAAUGAAGGAAAACAAAGGCCAUAUUUAUGAUUUACUAGAAUUUAAGACCCUACUGUGUAGUAUUUAUUUAAAUUCUUUUUAGUAUUUAGUGUUAACAAUAAAAAAUAAAGAUAUAACAAACG